AUGGCGACUAUACGGCACUUCCCUCUCAGGCACAUGGCUGGCAUCAGCCUCGCUGCCGGCGUCCUGCCUAAGCUGCUGCACUUGUAUGAGGACAAUGGCCAGGCUGUGAAAGUCUUCUUUGCGCUAUAUCUUGGACAAUUUUCUCUCUUCUUGUUUUACGUCAUCCUGGUCUACCCCUUCUUCCUGUCGCCCCUCCGCAAACUUCCGGGCGUCAAGGGCGGAUUGCCUCUUAUUGGCCAUGGUAGAGAACUCAACCAGUUCGGCGCGGGCUUCCUGGCCAAGAAAUGGAUCGCGGAGAAUCCCAACGACGGCAUGCUCCGCAUCCUGUGUCUUGGCAAUCAGGAAAUGAUCAUCGUAAAUUCACCGCAGGCCUUGUCCGAGAUUCUCGUCACCAAAUGCUACAGCUUCGAGAAGCCCGACUUUGCUCGCAGAUUCCUCUCCUUCAUAGUUGGCUGGGGACUGCUGAACGUCGAAGGAGACGAGCACAAGAAGCAACGCCGGGACAUGCUGCCGGCUUUCUCUUUCCGCCACAUCAAGGACUUGUACCGCAUCUUCUGGGCGAAAUCUUGCGAAGCAGUGCAUGAGUUGAUGGCUAAAUGCGACGAAAGAGGCGUUGCAGAGAUUGAAAUUUGCUCCUGGGCCGCCCGCUGCACACUCGACGUCAUCGGCCUCGCGGGCAUUGGAGUGGACUUUGGCUCAAUCAGGGACGCAAACAGCCCCCUGGCCAAGAGCUACGAGUAUCUUCAGCCAUCUCCCAUGGAUAUGUCUCUCCUCAUCCUGACGGCACUUCUCCCCGACGUGGUCAUCAAGAACCUCCCGGUGAACCGACUGAGGAAUCUGAGAAGGGCCACGGAGCACAUUCGCGCCGUAUAUCGCGACCUGAUACGCAAGAAGAGAGACUUGCUGGCCAACAAGGAAGAUGCCGGACUGGACAUUCUCACCGUCGCACUCAGGAGCAAGCUUUGCACCGAGGAAUCUCUCGUCGACCAAAUGAUGACGUUCCUCUCCGCGGGACAUGAGACAACCGCUUCGUCACUCAUCUGGGCAACGUACUUGAUGGCAAAGCAUCCCGACAUCCAGGAGCGCCUCCGAAGGGAAAUCCGCCAGAACCUAGCCUCUGCAAAUUGCAGUACGGGCAUCACGAGUGCCGACAUAGACAAGCUGCCAUACUUGAAUGCCGUAUGCAGCGAAGUGCUGCGGUUUCAUAGCCCCAUCCCACAGAGCGCCCGCGUCUCGACCUGCGAUAUCACGGUCCAGGGCCAGUUCAUCCCUCGAAACACCCUCUUGGCGCUGGUCCCGUGGGCGACGAAUACUGAUCCCAAGUUCUGGGGACCCGAUGCGAACGAGUUCAAGCCCGAGCGCUGGCUGAGCCCAGAGCAGGGCGGAACUAGCACAUCCAAGGCCGCGAGCGGCGGAGCUACCAGUAACUAUGCCUUUCUGACCUUCUUCCAUGGGCCGCACAGCUGCAUCGGUGCUAGUUUUGCGAAAGCCGAGCUUGCCUGCACGGUGGCCGCCUGGAUAGGAAGGUUCUCGUUUGAGUUGAAAGACAAGUCUUUGUUGGACGAGAGGAAUAUCAGGAUUCCCCCCAGUGCGGUGGCAAAGCCACAUGGCGGCAUGCAGAUGCUGGUAAGAGUGGUGGAGGGCUGGUGA